AUGGAAAACUCGCAGCCAGAGCCUGAAAAGCAGCAGCCUGAGGCAGAGGAGAGGCCUCAAUUCAAGUACUUCUGGAGAAUAUUGGGCCAUGGAGCCCUCCUUGACAAGCUCCUGAUGGGAGCUGCUGCGCUGUGCGCUGCAGGAGCAGGCGUGGCUUUCCCCCUGAUGAACAUUAUAUUCGGUAAUGUUGUUGGUGAUUUUAAUGGAUAUUUUAUUCCCGGUUCAGGGGUAACCAAGGAUGCUUUCCUCCACAGCGUAAACCGUAAUGUGUUAUACAUAGUUUACCUCUUUAUCGGCAAGCUCGUGCUUGGAUACUUUUCAAUGUUUGCUCUACGAAUGACCGGAAUCAGAAUAUCUUCCCGGCUUCGUCUAUCAUAUCUCCAAGCCCUCUUCAACCAGCCGAUUAGCGUUCUUGAUAAACUGCCCCCUGGACGGCCGACAAACACGAUUACCACCUCAUCAAACACGGUUCAGGCAGCUAUAUCGGACAAACUGGCCAUACUCGUUCAGUCGCUGUCACUGGUCAUCGGCGCCUAUGCUGUCGCCUUCCGCUUUUCCUGGGCUCUGACAUUGGUUUCAAGUUCUUCCAUGCUUUUUAUCUCGAUAGUAUACCCAAUCCUUAUUCCCAUAUUUAUGAAAAGGCUGAAGCAAGUUGAACAAGCGAACGAAAAGGCCUCUUCGGUUGCAGCAGAAGCACUUGGCUCAAUUAGAACCAUCGUUGCUUGUUGUGCAGAGGGCCAACUUGCCGCCCGCCAUUCAAUAUGGGUUUCAGAAUCACGCAAACAAGGAAUGAGUCUGGGUCCCAUGAUUGGUGCCCAGCUUGCCCCGUCGAAUUUCGCUCUGUACUCCAGUUUUGCGUUAACCUUCUGGUUCGGCGUUCGACAGUACGCAUCGGGGAGUAUACCAAACGUCGGUCCAGUAAUUACGGUUAUUUUUUCGAUUCUCUUGGUGGUCUCAACCCUUUCUUUUAUUGUAAACCCUGUCAUUGCAAUUUCCAAGGCUGCAAGUGCGUCAACCUACUUCUUUGAGAUGAUCGACGCACCGACGCUCAAAAGGUCGGGAUUGAAAAAUCAACCUGUGUCAACCGCGGAUAUUAGCUUCAGAGACGUGAAUUUUUCUUAUCCAAGCCGUCCAAAUGUGAAGAUUGCCAACAAUUUAACGCUGGACAUCCCGGCUGAAAAGUUAACUGCCAUCGUUGGACCUUCUGGAUGCGGGAAGAGCACGAUUGUUGCGCUGCUGGAGCGCUGGUAUCAGCUUGAGAACAAAUUUGAUGGAGACAGUCAAAAAAUGAGCAAUUCUCCGCAGAACAAUAACUCUGAGAGUGUGGAAUUGAACGAGUCAGAAACAGUUCCCAACAGCGGCUCGAUAACAAUAGGACCUCAUAACCUUUAUGACUUAGAUCUCAAGUGGUGGAGAUCUCAGAUCGGAUUGGUUCAACAGGAACCCUUUACCUUUAACGCCACCAUUUACCAGAACGUUGCGUAUGGCCUGGUGGGAUCAGAAUGGGAGAACGAAAGUGAGGAAGUGAAACGAGAACUAGUUAAAGAGGCCUGUCGCGAAUCUUUUGCUUCCGAGUACAUCGAAAGAUUGCCAGAUGGAUAUAAUACCAUGGUAGGCGAGAAUGGCGUGAAACUCAGCGGAGGCCAGCGCCAAAGACUUGCAAUUGCCAGAAGCAUCAUUAAACGGCCACCCAUCCUUAUCCUGGAUGAAGCGACUAGUUCAAUAGAUGUGCGUGGAGAACGCAUUGUUCAAGAAGCACUCGACCGCGUUUCGAAAAACCGAACAACGGUAACCAUUGCUCACCGAUUGUCGACCAUCAAAAUGGCAGAUAAUAUCAUUGUGAUGAAGAGAGGUGAGACUGUCGAACAAGGAACACAUGAUGAGCUGAUUAGAAGUGAAGGAUUAUACCAUUCAUUGGUUGAAAACCAACGACUCGAAAUGGGAGAUGAGGAUCCUCCUGACAUUCAAGGCGAAACAAGUAAGAAAGAUCAAGAACAGGAUCUUCCUAGCCUUCUCAAAGAAGCGUCAAGGGUCGAAACUAGCGUCGAUCCCGGUCAAGCGGCUGAGGUGGCAUAUAGAGCAAGGUCUCUGAUCAACUCAGUCGGGCUGUUUCUCUGGGAGCAAAGACAACUAUGGUAUUUUGAUGUUUCCAUUGCCGUUACUGCAGCUUGCUGUGGUGUCGCAUUCGCCAUACAAAGCUAUCUAUUUGCCCAACUUACCACCGUCUUUCAGUUGAAGCGCCCCGAACUCAUAGACCGGAGCGAAUUUUGGUCGCUUAUGUUCUUCGUGCUAGCCCUCUGCGUCGGAGUCUCUUAUUACAUAUUAGGCCACACAUCGACUUGUUUGUCCGCUGAUGUCUGUAGUACGUAUAGACAACAGUACUUUGAACAUAUCUUAGCGAAACCAAUAGUAUUUUUCGACAGGGAAGAAAACUCAGCAGGGUCAUUAUCUGCUCGACUUUCGACCGACCCGACACAAUUGCAAGAACUUAUCGGUCACCAGAUGGCGUUCCCCCUGAUUUCCGUAUUUACCAUUAUCGGGUGCAUCGCGAUAGCUUUCUCCUUUGGUUGGAAAUUGACGCUAGUCGCAAUAUUUUCCGCUUUUCCACUUAUCAUUUCGGCAAUGUUUAUCCGAGUCAGAUAUGAGGUCCAGUUUGAGAAGAUGAAUGCAGCAGUAUUUGAGGACAGUUCGCAGUUCGCGUCAGAGGCCAUUUCAGCAUUUCGCACGGUUACUUCACUCACUCUUGAGGAUACCAUUACCGCCCGAUAUGCUGAUCUUUUGCAAGACCAUGUCAAAAAGGCUCUCCUGAAAGCAAGAUUUACAAUGUGGAUAUUCGCUCUCUCAGAUAGCAUCGAACUUCCAUGCAUGGCAUUAUGUUUCUGGUAUGGAGGGCGGCUACUUAGUACCUAUGAGUAUGACGUUCUUAGCUUUAUGGUUAUUUAUAUUGCUGUUGUUUUGGGUGGUCAAUCAGCAGGGCAAUUCGGGAGUCUGAUUCCUAACGUCGCACAAGCCACAGGGGCAUCCAAUCGAAUAUUAAGCGUCAGACCAUCAGAUAAAAAUGAUGGAGAUGGUGAAAAGAAAAUUGUUGGCCGCUUCGAGGGGGGCGCAAGGAUCGACUUCAAGUCUGUCAAUUUUAAAUAUCCGACCCGCGAUGUUACUGUGUUUAAAAAACUCAACUUCACGAUCGAGAAAGGCCAGUUUGCUGCCUUGGUUGGGCCUUCCGAAGGAUGUGGCAAGUCAACUGUCAUCAAUUUACUUGAGAAAUUUUAUGAUUACCAAAGCGGGAGUAUUACUCUCGACGGACACGAUCUACGCACUCUUGACGUUUCCUCCUAUCGACAAUCGGUUUCCUUAGUAUCUCAAGAACCAACGUUAUAUCAAGGAUCCGUGAAAGACAAUGUGCUGCUGGGUGUGGAUCCAGCUAUAUUCACAGACGAAGACGUUCAAAAUGCAUGUAAAGACGCGAAUAUUCACGAUUUUAUCAUCUCCCUUCCAGAAGGUUACAACACGGACGUCGGUCUACGGGGUCUGACAAUGAGCGGCGGCCAGAAGCAACGCAUAUGUAUCGCGCGAGCUCUCAUCCGCAAUCCAAGUAUCCUUUUGCUAGACGAGGCGACCUCUAGUCUCGAUUCAGAAUCAGAAAAGCAUGUGCAGGAUGCCAUUGAACGGACUGCUAAAGGAAGGACAGUCGUCGUUGUCGCGCAUCGAUUGGCUACCAUCCAAAAUGCCGAUGUCAUCUUUGUGUUUGGCGAGGGAGGGAUCCAGGAGGUUGGGAAUCAUUACUCUCUACUGAAGAAGAGAGGUGCAUAUUAUCAGAUGUGUAAGUCCCAAGCACUUGACCGCUAG